GCAGCAGCAGCAGCAGCAGUAGUACAGCGGGCGCUGGAGGAGGAGGGCAGGAAUCGCAUCAGCUGACGCCGCCCGUGGAUGUGAGUGUGUGUGACUACUUGUCUCCCGUGGACGCGGCUGUGCCACUCUCUCUGCCCGGAGGAUAAGCAGACACCGCGGAUACCAGGCUUCCAGUGCCCGGCUUGUGCCGCAGCCAUGCUGCCCCAUAUCACCCUGCUGCUCCUGGCUGCCGGAGCCCUGGCUGCAGAGGUCCCCGCAGACGGGAAUGCCGGUCUGCUGGCCGAGCCACAGAUUGCGAUGUUCUGCGGCAAGCUCAACAUGCACAUGAAUGUUCAGAAUGGGAAGUGGGAGACUGACUCCUCCGGAACGAAGACCUGCAUUGGGACCAAAGAGGGGAUCCUGCAGUACUGUCAGGAGGUCUACCCAGAAUUACAGAUAACCAACGUGGUGGAAGCCAACCAACCCGUCACCAUCCAGAACUGGUGCAAGCGAGGGCGUAAGCAAUGCAAGAGCCACACUCACAUUGUAGUCCCAUACCGGUGUUUAGUUGGGGAAUUUGUGAGCGACGCCCUUCUGGUGCCGGAUAAAUGCCGCUUUCUCCACCAAGAGAGAAUGGACAUAUGCGAGACCCAUCUGCACUGGCACACAGUAGCCAAAGAGUCUUGCAGCGAGAGAAGCAUGAGUCUCCACGACUACGGCAUGCUCCUGCCCUGCGGCAUUGACAAGUUCCGGGGGGUAGAGUUCGUCUGCUGCCCCGCUGCUGAUGAAAAUGACAACUUUGACUCAGCCGACGCUGAAGAUGAUUCUGACGUAUGGUGGGGAGGUGCUGACGCUGACUACGCCGAUAGAAGUGACGAUAAGGUUCUGCAAGGCCGACAGGAGGAGGAGGAGGAAGUGGUGGAAGUGGAGGAGGAAGAGGUCGACGAUGAUGAGGAUGAUGGUGAAGAUAUGGAGGAGGAGCCUGAGGAGGCCUUUGAGGAAGCCACUGAGAGGACCACAAGCAUUGCUACCACCACUACUACCACCACAGAGUCUGUUGAAGAGGUCGUAAGAGAGGUAUGCUCUGCGGAAGCUGAGACUGGCACGUGUCGCGCAAUGAUCUCCCGCUGGUUCUAUGAUGUCAUGGAAAGGAAAUGCGUACAGUUCAUAUACGGCGGCUGUGGCGGAAACCGGAACAACUUUGAAUCAGAGGAGUACUGCCUGGCCGUCUGUGGUAACGUCAUUCCCACCACCGCUGCCAGCACGCCUGACGCUGUGGACAAGUACCUAGAAAACCCGAAUGAUGAAAACGAGCACGAUCGGUUCCAGAAAGCUAAAGAGCGGCUGGAAGGCAAACACCGAGAGCGAAUGUCCGAGGUGAUGAAAGAAUGGGAAGAGGCCGAGCGUCAGGCAAAGAACCUGCCAAAGGCCGACAAGAAGGCUGUGAUAGAGCGCUUCCAGGAGAAAGUGGAAUCAUUGGAACAGGAGGCGGCAAAUGAAAGGCAGAAAUUGGUGGAGACUCACAUGGUCCGAGUGGAAGCCAUACUGAAUGAACGCCGGCGAAUCGCUCUGGAGAAUUACAUCACUGCACUACAAGCCGAUCCACCAAGGCCUAGACAUGUCUUCAACAUGCUAAGGAAAUAUGUCCGUGCCGAACAGAAGGACAGACAACACACCCUCAAACACUUUGAACAUGUCCGCAUGGUGGACCCCAAGAAAGCUGCUCAAAUCCGAUCUCAGGUGAUGACGCGCCUCCGUGUGAUUAAUGAGAGAAUGAAUCAGAGCUUCUCUCUCCUGUACAAAGUACCAGCAGUGGCAGAGGAGAUCCAAGAUGAAGUCGAUGAACUGUUCCAAAAAGAACAGAACUACUCUGAUGAUGUGCUGUCCAACAUGGUCAGCGAACCUCGAAUCAGCUAUGGCAACGAUGCCCUUAUGCCCUCCUUAACGGAGACUAAGACAACUGUAGAGCUUCUUCCGGUGGAUGGAGAGUUCAAUGUAGACGAUCUUCAGCCGUGGCAUCCGUUCGGAGUAGACUCUGUGCCGGCAAACACCGAGAAUGAAGUUGAACCAGUUGAUGCUCGCCCUGCCGCAGAUAGAGGACUCACUACACGACCAGGAUCAGGGCUAACUAACAUUAAGACUGAAGCAAUUUCUGAAGUAAAAAUGGAUGCUGGUUAUGAAGUGCACCACCAGAAACUGGUAUUCUUUGCAGAGGAAGUCGGUUCAAACAAGGGAGCAAUCAUUGGUCUAAUGGUUGGCGGCCUCGUCAUAGCCACAGUUAUCGUAAUCACUCUGGUGAUGCUGAAAAAGAAGCAGUACACGUCUAUCCACCACGGCGUAGUAGAGGUUGAUGCUGCGGUGACCCCGGAGGAGCGCCACCUGACCAAAAUGCAGCAAAAUGGUUACGAAAACCCAACGUACAAGUUCUUUGAACAGAUGCAGAACUAAGAACACCGCAAGCAGCCUCUCUUCUCGGACAGCAAAUGAUUGCUUCACUGCCCAUCGGUGUUCCUCUAUAUACAUAUAUAAAUAUAAGAACAGAAAAAGAUCAUGUUGAGAGAAUUAAAAAAAUAAAAACAAAAACACACACAAAAACAAACAACAACAAAAAAAUACACCACUGUUUUAUUAUUUACUCAUUUUCGCCUUUUGACAGCUGUGCUGUAACACAAGUAGAUGCUUGAAGUAAUAAACUAAAAUCAGUAAUGUAUUCUCUUAACAUUUUAGUCUUUACAUAACAUUAUUCAAUGAAUGUUUUUGUGUACUGUAAAGAGUUUAGCUGUCUUUAAACUAGUGCAUGAAUAGCUGCCUCUCCCUUAUUUAUCAUAUAGACCCUUUAAACCGGUUGUAUAUUAUUCUUGUGAGUCGUGAUAAAAAAUUAAGUCCUGGGUGAAAAACUGCUUUACAAAAGAUUGGGGGAUGCAUUUUGUGUAUGUGAGAUUUUUGCUGCUUUUUUUUUUUUUUUUUUUUUUUUUCGCGGAGUACUUUUUUUUUCACCUCUGCUAUGCAUUUUAAGGGUAAAUCGAAUUUUAUUUUAAUUUUAUUUUUAAUAUUCCAUGCAAAAAUUUGUAUUCUUUUUUUUUUUCCCCUCUCUACUGUAUUAUUGUACAGAUUGUUCUGCUGUGUUAGUGAUGUAGAAAAUCAUGGAAAUACACUUGUUUUUUUUGUGCCUGUUUUAUGUGCACACUUUAGGAAUUGCGAAAAUGUAAUUAAAAAUUUAACAAAAAAAUUAUAAAUAUUUUUCUUUAACAUAUGUACCUUUUAAGCUUUAACCUCAUCGGCGUUGGAUGCGUCCACGACACAAUGUGUUGCGGUGCCGUCCAGGUUUUAUGGGGUUUUGUGUGUCUCUGAUAAUUCUAAGCACUUUUUUUAGGGAAAAAAGUGCCCUGCUGGUCGAAAAUUAGCAGAGAUUCCUUAAUGACAACUUUCUGCUGGAUGAUUGUACAGAAUCAUUGCUUAUGAACUAAUAGCUUUCUACACUGUGUUACAUAAAUAAAUUUAAAAAAAAAAUCGGAA